AUGCCUCUGACCGCCCACCGCCGCACCGGGCUCUCGCCCUUCUUCCUCGUCACCAACCUGCUCAUCUGGAUCUCGGCCGUCAUCGUUAUGGGCAUCGUCUCGUAUUGGAUCUCCCAGGGCGCUGGAGGUGACCACAUCAUCUACGAGGAAGUCAUUUCUGUCCUGACGGUUGCCUUCUUCCUCGUCUCGUUCAUCCUGGGCACCUACCCCGGCUACAUCCUCAUGUUCAACCUCAUCUUCUCGUACCUAUGGCUCGUGGCCGUCGCGUUCACUGCUAGCGACUUUUCCAACUCGAAGAGCAACCUGGCACUGACGGUGGAGGCCUUUAGCUUCAUUGCCUUCUUCCUGCUCUUCUUCAACGUCGCUUAUGACUGGUACAUGGGCUACCACGGCGGCGCCGCUGGCACCCGCACCACCACGACCUCGCGUGUCUAA